CUCGGCGGCGGCGGCGACCACGGCCUUCAGUCGACGGUGGAACGUACGGCGGCGGCUUCCCGUACAAUGCACUACACCUGACACUCAAAUAGAUCGGCGGCGGCUUAGCUUCUUGAGCUUACGUAACAUGUAGGUACGCGAUACGCUACAACAAUGUAAAUACGUACGUACUACGCGCGCGACACAGCAAUUAUUAAUGACGGCGAUUGACGGUUAUAGCAUAUAACACCCGAGUAUACGACACGUAACUCGGAUCUCGAACGGUACAAUAUAGAAGUCGAAACCAUAGACGAUACCCAAAAGGUCUCCACGAACGUCAAAGCAACGACGUCCGAUGUCAAGCGAGACAGGGCAACUGGAAUAGACAUAUCGGCGCGCCAGCACAACAUGCAAAAUAGCCAGUCAGAUAACACGUCGGACGGGAAGGGGAAUACGCAAGCUUAGUCAGCGGUCAACAGGUAAAGUCGCCAACACCGAUAGCGGUACGAGUUUACCGACGGCUUGCGUAAACAAUAAGAAACAACUUAUUUAAUAAAGAUGUAGUUUUUGACAUGGAUGGUAACACUUAUACAGCGUCUUGGGAUCAUAUUGUUGCUAUGUAUGAUUUCGAUAAGAAAAAUGAAGAAUUUGAACUAAGAACCCUUGUAAAAUUAAAUGACAACCACAUUAACAUGGCCAGAAGCAAAAUGAAGGUUUCGAAUGCAGCACAAGUCUUCAGCCACAGAGUAGCUUCAACAAUGAAAUUGGUAUCUGAUAAUGCCCCUAAAGGAAGUUUGCUGGCCAAUGCUGUAGGCACAGCCAAAUUUUGUCUAUUCAUGGAUAAGACAUUUGAUUCAGUAAAUGCCAGGACAAUCAAUCCUGAGUUGGGAAAACCACUACGAAGUGCAGUAACAGAUAAAUCUCCCCACAUAGAUCACUGGAAAUAUGCAAUUAAGGUUUUUGAAUCCAUGAAGUUUGUCAACAAAACUAACGGUAAAUCUACUAUACCCCCUUGUAUCAAAAACUGGAUAAUAUCUCUAAAAUCAUUUCUAUACCUUUGGAUUCAACUGAAAAAACAUAAUUUUAAAUAUUUCUUGCCAAGGCAUGUAAACCAGGAUUCUUUAGAAUGUUUUUUCGGUAGUGUCCGAAGUCAUGGUGUCAGAAAUAUUAAUCCAGAUGCAUAUCAAUUUGUUUGUUCAUUUAAAACAUUAUUGAUAAACAAUUUCACAUCCAUAAAAUCUGCUGGGAAUUGUGAACACGAUGACAGUGAUGGAACAUUGGAUAAUUUAAAGCAAUUUAUUGAAAGUGGCACAAAUUGUUCAUUGAAAGAACCAGAAGAAAAUAAUAUAAUUAAUAUACCCAUGUUUGACCUACCAAAUACAUUUGAUGUAUGCGAUUUCACUGAUAUGACAAUUGGAUAUAUAAGUGGAUAUUUAGCUCGUACGGUGCUAAAGGAAAAUAAAUUUUGUAGACUUUGUAAAAAUAUUCUUAUUUCAAAUGUCAAAAAUAAUAAUUUAAUAAGAGUUAGAGAUUAUACAACUAAAUCAUUACUUUAUCCUAGUGAAAGCUUUCAAAAAAUAAUAUAUCAAAUGUUGUAUAUUACCAAAUAUAUUUUACUUACCUAAUAUUGACAAUGAAAG